CAGACCGUCUUUGUGACGGGUGGCUCUGGCGGGCUGGGAAAGGCCAUUGCGAUGCAGUUGGCUGCCAGAGGCGCUCACAUCACCCUGUUCUCAAGACGCCAAGGUCCGCUGGACGAGGGGAGAAAGGAGGUGCUUGCGAAAUGUCCCAACCCGAAUCAAGAAGUCGACGUCGUCGCAGUCGACUUUGCCUUCAGGACACAACCGCGAAUUGCAGACAUCUUGUACUGCGUAGCGGGCGGCAACCACGCCGAAAACGGGUUUCUGGCCGACAUUGGUGCCAGACAGCUCGAGAACUGCAUGAGGAACAACUACUAUUCGGCCGCCUUUGCAGCCAAGUCUGUGCUGGACAUUUGGAUCGCCGACGACGACAGACGCGCCAUCAGCUCUCAACCUGAACACAAACGCCGCCAGAUUGUCUUCAUCAACAGCGCCGCCGCCUUUGUCGCCUUGCCGGGCUCCAUUGCCUACACGCCGGCCAAAUGCGCCGUGCGUGCCCUGGCAGACACGCUGCGGAUGGAGGUGCUGCGCUACUGUUCGCCAACAACAACCUACUCGAUCCACUGCGCGUUCCCGGCCGACUUUGUGUCUCCCGGCUUCCGGCUGGAGCAGGACACCAAGACGCCACUAACAAAGCGCAUGCAGGGGACCGACCUGACCAUCGAGCAGCUCGAGGCCAAGUUCCCGUCCUCGGACAAAGUCGCCUCCCUCGUCAUUGCCGCCGUCGACAGGGGCGAUUUCAUCAUCUGCGAGGACUCGCCAGCCGCUUCGGUCCUCUUUCCCAACAUGCUCGGCCCGUCGCCCAAGAGGGGGCUGGGCAUCUUUGAUACACUCAUGGCCCCGGUCAUGGGGUGGUUUGUGAUGCCCUUCUUGAGAUGGAGAUGGGAGGGCAUGACGCGGCGGGAUGGGGAGGAGAUGAGGAAAGCGCGGCAGUUCCAUAGUCACGGAUAG